AUGUCUACGUCCGCUUCACAGCAAAAGCAAAAGCGGCGCUUGCGCGACAACCCAGAGCCUAUUGUUCUUGAGUCAGACAUAGAGCUAGACCGUACUCCUCGUGCUAAGAAAUCUACUUCAAUAUUUGAUUUGGAUGACAGGAGCAUCUCCUUAGGAGAUUCGACACCUUCCCGCGCCUCAUCUAAAGCCUCCAAAGCAUCUCGCAAUUCUUCACCGAGGAAACAGUUUCGAAACGCAGAGUUACAGCAAACCGGAUUCCGCACCGCUAGUUUUAAAGAUGAAAUACAAUCACCGUCACUAAAACAAUUACGCCGGGACCUGAUCGGCAUCCAGAGAGGAGAUAGGAUAUUGCCUCAAGGCUUGCGAGCUCAGCUAGACUCGGAAUUUGACAUUCCUUGGUUUGCUUAUUCAGAUAGCGAAGACUCGACCUCUUACCGAUAUCCGGGCCUGGAAAAAAUUCGUCAGAUCUUCGAACGAGCAAAGAAAUGCCGCGAUGGCCACCAUGGGGAGUCAUCUUGGAAUAUGGACGUUCAUUCUAAGUUCUUUGAAUGGGUGUUAAGAGACCCCGAAAGCAGUGGUCCUCUCGACUACCGUUAUUGUCUAAUCGCUGGCCUCCUCCCACAGUACAAACCUAAAGAUGCUCCAAGUAAAAUGGUGGACUUUUGCCUUGCUAUCGAAGUAAACGAAGAGGAGGAGCGGAUUAUCAACUUUCUUUGCCGAAGUCGACCAGGAUUCUCGAUUAACCACACUGAUUGGGGGGACUUGAACAAGUUCCCUAUCGCCAUAUCGGUAGAAACAAAAGGACAUGGAGAUCCCUACGACACUGCCUUGCUCCAGGUUGCUACUUGGCACGCCUCUCAAUGGCGUAGCUUACGUUGGGGAGGCAAGGCUUUGUCUGCGAUCGAAUUUCUUGCUGGGAUUAUUGUGAUUGGCCACGAUUGGCGAUUCGUUGCCACAGUACUCGGUGAGGAUGACAAAGCGACGACAUUCGAAUCGAUCCCCAUAGGGAGCACGGAUUCAAUAUUUGCUAUAUACACCUUAUUUGCCGCUCUACAAAGGUUGAAACGGUGGGCGGAGUCCACAUAUUGGCCAGCUUUUAAAUGUGACAUGCUUGGGGAUACCUCGCCGGAAGGCUGA